CGACUCUCCCAGAUCUCACCCCCCCAAUCUCCGAAGCAACGAGGUCGGCCAUCUCUCUCUACACUUUCUCUCUCUACUUUCCUGCUCUUCCUUUUCGCCCAAGCAAACGCCAGUCGCCAGGGCCACCCCAUUUAAUAACAAGGGAGAAUCUUCCAAAUCGAUGAACACCCAACUGGCUUUCAUUGGUCUCUUCCUUUGCCAUUUGACGUCGUCGUCUCGUUCUCAACGCAGCUCACUCCUAUCCCGAGUCUGAGACGACGACGUUGACGCCGGCCAAUCGACGCAGCUUUCGUUUCUAAUCCAACCGUAUAGAAGAGUAUAAGAAUUGGAGCUGCUUGGGAUAUUGUGGCCUUAAAAGAACUUGUCGACGUCGCACAAAUGGCUGGGAAGAGACAAACGUGUACAGAAAGGAGUUUUAGUUUCCAGAAUUCGGGUUUGCAAUUUCUCCUCCAUGACAUCAUAUUUAGGGGAUUUUGGGUAGAAGAGUUAGUAGGGUACCCGUUAACUUUAUAGGUUUUAGUGUGUAAAUAGGUUUGUCCUUGUAGAUAAAUGGAUUCAAAGUGGGUCAAAGUAUUGGAUAAUGGCUGUAGACAAAUCAAUAGAAGACGGGCAACUCAGUGUGCGGGAAAUAUAACUGAAGCAAGCCACAAGGUAUUGCGACUUCAAUCCAAGCAUAACUCAUUACUUACCAAGCUUGGCAAGAGGAAAAGAUCGGUUGGAUGCAAAAGCAAAUGUGCAGUGCACUUGAGGAAAUCUUUACUUAAGAACUAUUCUAAUUUGAUGAAAAGUGGAGUGCCACAACGGUUAUUAUUUUAUCAGGAUACUGAAUGGAAUGAUUUUCCUCGGGAUCUUGUUGAGAUGGUUAAGGACGAUUUCCAAAUGAAGAAAGCAGCAAUUGAAGUGCAAUUCAAUGGAUGCCAUUUAAUGUUAGAUAUCUUGUAUAUGGUUCAAGUAGAUUUGAAGACAGGUUCUCGAAAACCUAUAGCUUGGAUUGAUGAAGCUGGUGGCUGUUUUUUCCCUCAAUUACACUCUUGUGAUGGAGUAUAUGACUGUAGCCAUUCCGACUCUGAUAAAAUUGAAGAAGUUAUGUUUGUGGAUCCAAAUGGGGCUUCUGACAUCGAAUUGCAUCUUCAGAUUGAAAUAAAUGGAGUUAAUGGCUUUGAUUUGCAGGAAUGUGUAGAAGAGUCAAAUAUCGAUGUUAAGAGGACUAAAACUGAGAAAAAACUUAGCAUUGAUCAUUAUGAGCUAGGUGCUAAUGACAGCGAUAACCAAAAUUCUGGUGCGAAAAUGGAAGACGUGGUUGUGGAAGUUCAACGGAUUGGUGAAAUUUUAUCUCCCAAGUUUGAAGAUGGUUUUGAAUCUGUUGAUAUAAAUGUUGUGAAAAACAUGUUUAUCGCCAGCAUGAACCCUUCCAAAGAUGCAAGCAUACUUGAAAUUAUCAAAUGCUCUAGUAAACUGAUGGAGUCUCGUUGGGAAAUUUUUCUAAAGCAGGUUGAGAUAACCCGAAAGCAUCGUGGGCAUCCAAAUGUACGGUAUGGUUGGCUAGCUUCCUCAAAAGAUGGAUGGUCUAGCAUCAUGAUGUAUGGGCUUGCACAUUGUGGAACCCAAAUGAAGGCCCCAUUUGGUUCUGGAGUCCACCUCACAUCCUUAAAGUGUGCUCUCACCAGUGCAAGUAAUUGUGAUAUUGACGAAAAUGGAGUAGGCCACAUGGUGUUUUGCCGUGUCAUCCUGGGGAAUAUGGAACCCGUUCAGCCUGGAUCUGCACAAUUUCACCCCAGUAGUGAGAAUUUUGAUAGUGGUGUUGAUGAUCUUCAAAAUCCAAGUCAUUAUAUUGUUUGGAAUAUGAAUAUGAACACACACAUCUAUCCGGAAUAUGUUAUCAGUUUCAAGAUGUCCCAGGGUGCCGCAGAAGCUCUGGUUCGGAAAGAAAGCCAAUGUGUUACCACUUCUCAGGGGCAUCAACAAGGUCAAUUUCAGCUAGUUUCAUCUUCUGUUGAGUUGGAGAAGAAUUCCCCUCCGUGUCAAAAUUUUGAGGGCAUGCCUCAGCAAAAGGCCCCUGGCGAUUGUUCAAGCACCUCCAAGACUCCUAAAUCCCCUUGGAUGCCUUUUGCAAUGUUGUUUGAUGCCAUCUCCACUAAAGUAGCUCCAAAAGACAUGAAAUGGGUGAAUAUGCAUUAUAACAUGUUCAGGAGCAAGAAAAUCAGUCGUGAUGAGUUUAUUAGAAAGUUGAGAUUUUCAGUUGGGGAUGAGUUGUUGAGGAAUACAAUUAUCAGUCUUCAGGAUAAGUUACCAUCUAAUUUUGCAUGCCCCCCAAAAGUGCCGAAGGAGGAGCGAGAAAAUUGAGGCAGUUUUUGAGGCAGUUUUACAACGGUUCUUAUUUGGUUACAUCGGUGAUCAAAUAUGUUUUUGCUGUGUUGCGUUGGUGGUUGUCGGCAAGUUGUGAACAAUGUAGCUUAGGAAAGAAACUGCUAAAAUGUGGCCCUGAUCAUCAACUUCUUUUGUCCUUGGAAAAAUGCUACCAAGCGCACCCCUCCUAUACUUGAGUUUCUUAUGCAUGACUUCUGUUGGGUUGAUUACCCCUACAACAUGACUAUCAUCCACUUUACCAAUGAGACGGACCGUCAAGCUCUACUCGCAAUCAAGGACAUGAUGCCGGGAGAUCCCCUCGACUUCUUUAGCUCAUGGAAUAAUUCUGUUCGUUUUUGCAAUUGGAAAGGCGUUACCUGCGGCCUCCUUCAUCGAAGGGUAACCGAGCUAAACAUGUCAUCAACGGCGCUGGUUGGUUCUCUAUCUCCUCGAUCGCGUGGAAAACCUUACCUUUCUUAGGACACUUGUUCUCGAUGACAACAACAUUCGUGGCUUAAUCCCUGAAGAAAUUGGAAGGUUGUUGCGCCUGCGAAUUCUUUCACUUCGGAACAACUCUUUUGAAGGACAUCUACCACGGCAAAUUGAUAAUUUGAGAAAUCUUGAGGUACUGCAAGUAUCAGAUAACAAGCUAUCUGGAUGAAUUCCAUCCGCUCUCGGCAGUUGUGUAAUGUUAAGAACCAUUUAUCUGCAAGGAAAUCACUUCGUGGGUGAUAUUCCAGUAUCCGUGGUACAAUUAAGAGGUAUUGAAGUACUAGAUUUGUCUCGCAACAACUUGUCCGGGCAGAUCGUGUUCCUCAAAAACUGUAUCUUUAUUGCGUACCUCAACCUUUCUUACAAUAAUUUUGAAGGUGAGGUUCCCAAUGAAGAAAUCUUCAGAAAUAUUAGUGCCUUUUCACUGGUAAAAAAUACCAAGCUUUGUGGUGGAAUGAAAGAGUUGCAAUUGCCUGCACGCGCUCCGUUGGAGAAGAAGAACCAGAUGUGAACUAUAGAUCAGAAAGAACUUUAGUAGCUACUAUACUUAUUAGUUCGAUAUUAAUCUACGUUCCUGUUAUUAUAUACUGUCGAAUUCAAAGGUCUACACAACAAGCCUCUUUGGACCCACCUUUGCCAAACCAAUAUACAAAACUCUCGUACGCAGAUCUUUUUCAAGCAACUGAUGGGUUCGCUUCAUUCAACUUGGUUGCUGAGGGAAAAUAUGGUUCAAUUUUCCAAGGUAUUCUUAGUUCAGAUGAACAAUUUGUUGCUGUGAAGGUGCUUAACCUUCAACAACACGGAGCCAUCAAGAGUUUCACAGCUGAAUGUGAAGCAUUAAGGAGAAUUCGUCAUCGGAAUCUCGUUAAGAUUAUCACUUCCUGCUCAAGCAUAGACUUUAAAGGUGAUGAUUUCAAGGCUUUGGUCUUGGAGUUGAUGCCAAAUGGGAGUUUAGAAGGAUGGUUGCACCCAAGUAAUCCUAAGUUGCAAGACCCUAAAAUUUUCAACCUUGGUCAAAGGCUAAACAUUGCCAUCGAUAUAGCCUCAGCCUUGGAUUAUCUACAUAGUCAUAGUGAAGUUGCAAUUAUUCACUGUGAUUUGAAGCCGAGCAAUGUUCUUCUUGCUGAUGAUUUUUGUGCUCGUGUGAGUGAUUUUGGACUUGCAAGAAUUCUUUCAAAAACCCAUUGUUCAUCUAAUCAUCAACAAUCAAGUUCAAUUGGGAUCAUUGGAACACUUGGAUAUAUUGCCCCAGAGUAUGGUAUGGGUGGCUUGUUAUCUACGCGAGGCGAUAUGUAUAGCUAUGGAGUCUUGUUAUUGGAAAUGUUCACUGGAAAAAGACCUACCAACAAAAUGUUCAGUGACAGUUUCAACCUUCAUAGAUUUGUAAGAAUGUCUCUUCCAAGUCAAGUAAUGAGUAUUGUCGAUCACUGCAUUUUACUGGAAGUGGAGGAGGACCGAAAUAGAAGUGGCACAAGCAACAUUGCAAAAGUGGAGGAUUGUUUAGUGUCGAUCCUUCAAAUUGGUGUUUCAUGUUCUGCUGAACUUCCAAGUGAGCGAAUAGAUGCUAGAGAUGUUCUUAUUGAACUAAAUAAGAUUAGAAAUGCAUUUCUUGCAGUGACCGGACCAUGAAUAUGAGAUGGAUGAAAACAUUGUUCUUUCAUGAUUCUGUAUUUGCGGCUUAACUUGUUUUCCAUAAUUCUCUCUCUCUCUCUCUCUCUCUCUCUCUCUCUCUCUCUCUCAUGUUAUGAAAUAUAGGACGUGAAGUCGGUUGCUUGUAUAAUCAAUGACAUUUAUCAUAUCUUCGUUUGUAUCCC